AUGGGAUUAUUUGAUAAAGCUAAAGAAAUUUAUGAUGGCAAUGAUAUAUAUGAAUUGAAUGAUAAAUGUAUCAAAGAUAAAACUUUAAAUGAAAAAUUAGAAAAACUUGUUUCUAAAGCUCAUCAAAAAUUACUAUCUGAUUAUAAAGGACAUGAAGGACCUCAAUUAGAAAUAGCAACCAACAUACUUGGUACUAUAAAAUUUAAAGCUGAUAUUGAAGAUAUCACUUCGUUCAACCAAUUGAUAGAAAUUAUGAAAAAUUCAGAAAAAGAAAAGAAACAAGUUAAAGCUGUAGGAACUUUUUCAGCUUUUAGUGCAAUCACUCAAACUUCUGGUUACUUAUUAAAUACUUCUCAAUAUUCCGGAGUGACUAAAACUGAUGUAAACUUAUUAACUCAAAAUGUUCAAUCCCAAGCUCAAAAAGAUAAUAUUGUGUAUUAUGAUGCAAAGUGUGGUACAACACUUAAAUUGCUUAUUGAUACAUUAAAAGAAGAUGGAAGAGCUUUAAUAAAUUUAAGUGGAUGGGGUAAUCAAUGUAUUGCAAGUUUAAACGCGACCUCUACGCAUGGAAGCGGUAUUACACUUCAGCCAUUAUGUGGUUCCGUAGUUUCAGUGGAUAUGGUGGUUCCUGGCGGUCAACUUUAUCGAGUGGAACCAACCAAUGGAAUUACAGAUGCCGUAAAAUUUAAAUCCUCUAAUCCAUCCAUAAUCCUAAUUCAAGAUGAUGAUUCAUUUAAUGCAUCAAUUGUUAAUAUUGGUGCUUUAGGAGUGACUUAUUCUCAAACAAUUGCCACUUUACCAUUAUAUUCGAUCAUUGAAGAACGUGAAGAAGUUACUUGGGAACAUGCAAAAUCAAUUUUGCGACAACUUCCUUAUGAGAGUAAUCCAUAUUUAAGUAGUCGUAAUUGUGAACUCUGGAUAAGUCCUUAUACUGAUUAUGUUUCAGUAACUAAAAGAAAUCUGGCUACUUCCGAAGAUGAAAAAAAUUAUCCAAAACCAGAAAUUAAAGAUUUUUAUCAAGAUUUUAUAAAAUUACCUUUAGUUAUUGAGAUUUCUAAAAAAUUAAAUAUUGGUUUUGGAGCAAAUGAUAAUUACAUUCAAGCUACUGAUGCAAUAUUAGCCAAACUUAAAGAAUUAAGAGAACAACAUAAUUUAAACAUCAAUGGACCUGCAGCAAUGAGAUUUUCAGCUGCUUCAUCACAAUAUUUAUCAAUGGCUUAUAACGAAAAUUUAAAUGAACCUAGAGCAUAUUUGGAAAUGCCUAUUUUAGUUUAUGAGUUGGGCAUCGAUUAUUACAAACACGUUUAUAAUCCACUUGUUGAUGUGGUUAAAAAAUUUAACGGACGUUGUCAUUGGGGUCAAUAUUUGUCCCCUGAAUUAGAUAAUGAAUAUCUUAUAAAUGCUUAUUCCAAUAAAUCCGUUAAUUCAUUUAUAACUCAAUUAACCAAAUUUGAUCCAAAUGGAUUAAUGAGUAAUGAAUUAACUAAAAAAUUUGGUUUAACUCCUGAUGGAAAAAUUUAUAAAGAUUCUAGUUUUGAUUUUAGUAAUAGUAAUAAUAAUGAUGAUGAAAAAGAUUUAUCUGAAUUGAGUGCUGGUGAACAGAUAGGAGGGGGAGGAAUAAAAAUAUUUGAACGAAUUAUUAAUAAUGUUAAGAAAGAAACAAAAUCGAUUUGGAACAAAGUUAAAAAUAUCAAAUGA